CACGUGGGGUAAUCCUUAUGUAAAUGCGGAAACAUAACCAAUAUGUGCUUCGCAGUAGAGUGUAUACAAUAUAUCUUCUCUUGCGGUUGUGGUUUACGGUGUUUCCCAAUGUUGCCGUAAAUUAAAAAAUAAGCGAAAUGAUAAUCGAAUUAUAAAUUGAAAAAAAAAAAAAAUAUGUUGUAGAGUAUAACUAAACAGAGCCAACGUAUAGUUAGUAAAAGUAAAAUAUAUAACAAUGAGGUUCGUUAAUAUAGGUUCAUAUAAAACAUCGAUGACUUACUUUUUGAAGAAGAAAGAAUAUCAAAAGAUUCUGAUGACGAAUCUAGGUUUUAAUUCUGACGAAGCCGACGAGGUAAUAAAUGCAAGUUUUCUUAAUUUUCCUCGUCAUCGGUUACUCAGCAACUGUUUAAUAUGCCAGAAAUAUAAUGUCAGUGUACAUCCUGCCGAUCUUCAUUCCUGUAUAACACUGAACAGUCACAAAUUGGAGCACAGAAUCAAUUUGCUCAAGGAUUUAGGAGUAUCAGAAUUAAAGUCAUCUUUGAUCAAUAAAGGUAUAUACCUUUUACGGAGACAAAUGUCCGUAUUCAAAGAGAAAACCAACAUUCCAGCUGAUUAUAAUGUCGUCGAGAAUAUAUUCAAUCGGCUUGGUCGUGAAGUUGCGAUUGAUACUUCUCAGUUAAAAGUGAACGACAAAAUGACCACAAAGCAAUAUUACGAGACUUGUCUUUUGCAUUGUAAGACAAAGAUAUUCAAUCUGCCUUAUUUGGACGACGAGAUUCUGUUGCACAGUUAUAUGAAGUGUAAGAGUAUAAGUAUGAUAGCGGAAACAUUGAAGAUACUCAGAGUUGAUCUUGAUUACAACGAGCAAAUGAUAAAAAAAAAUCCCGUCAUCAUCACCGCUUCGGCCGACAACAUCAGGUCGUUCCUGAGCAAUUUCACAGACAUUUACGGAAUACCGAUUGCAACGUUUUUGAGGAAAUAUCCUAAGAUGCUCUUUCAGGACGCGGACAACGUUAAGGAAUUACUAAUUUCGUUCAAACGAUACGAGAUACCGAAAAAACAAGUGAUGAAUUUUGUUGACAUUUUCGAAAUGUGUAAUGACACUUUUCUCAGACGAAUAGAUUAUGUAAAACGUCAUCCGGAUUUGCACGUGUGGUAUAAGCAUCCGAGAAUUUUGCGUGUGAUUUUUCACAAGAAAAUGACCAAUGACCGUGUGGAGUAUCUUCAGACUUUGAAUUGCAUGAAAUGGGCUCGUCCGAACACCCUUUUGACUACGAAGAUUUACAUUGACAAAUUUGCACAAAAUGUCGGUAACUUAUGUAUAUCCAAAAAGGGUCUGAAACACGUACUCAACGAAGAACUGGGAGUGGACAUGAGCGAUGUGCUGAUGAAACAUCAAUAUUGGAAAGUACGCGGAUUCGUCGAGAUCGAGCAGAUGCUGAAGUACCUCAAGAAACAUUUCACAAUAAGCGAAAUAUGUCAGAACAUACACAUCAUACUUUACUCACAAUCCAGAGUAGAAGAAUUAUUGAACGAUUUAAAGCGACAGUAUUCUCAAAGCUCAAGGUACAAGUUUACCAACGGACAGUACCUCGCUUUGUGUUUGUACAUGUUGGAGAAGAACACUAACUUCACGGGCGACGGUGUCUGGUUCGACGAGCGCAAUGUCAGGCAACAAUCGUCACACCUUUUGAAGGAUCGAAAUAUCAGUAUAGGCACUGAAGACAAGAUUACCGCAAAUAAUAUCGAUAACAAUCUUAAUCAUUUACACGAUAAGGAUGGACACGAGGUGUUGAGUAGUAUGACGAGUCAUCAAUGACGUAACGUACAGAAAUGUAUUUACUACUUGUGUAUAUAGUGUGUUUUUGUAAAAAAUCAAUUCUCAAAAACAGUGUAUAUUAUUUAUUGUAUUAUACAUGCACAGUAGUAUGCGUAUAUACUACUUUAAGACUGUAUAUACGAUUUUAAGAUUAAAGGGGAAAGCGCAGAGAAAUGCGAAAA